AUGAGACUGGACGAGAAGCUUCCGGAACGGACGUCUUCUUUUUUUUUUUCCCACAUCUUUUUCCCUUUCUAUAUUGUAGUGGCAAACGAGUUCAUUGGACGCUAUGACUGUGAAAAGCUGGCGCAGGCUGGCAUCGCCCCUUCUGACAAAGGCGCAUCUCUCUCCCGUCGCUCCUCAAUUGUCAGCGGUUCGCCGGACUCAUCGAAUAACAAUAUCGAUUUGCUGUCUCACGAGUUUCCCGCGAGAUUUGCUUUAAUUGCGAGAGUGAAACGUCAUCAAGGAAAGAAUCUUCAGCAAAGAAAUAGAACUUUCCUUUCCCCUUUUCGAAGACACUGCUUUCUUUCUUUGUCGCAAUCCUUCCUGUUAAAUAUUAUUUUUACAGAAUUUUCUUUUUUUUUCAUUCUCUUCCGUUUAUUCGCUGCUUCUAUUUUUUUUUCUAUACAUUAUUUUUUUUUGUUAUUUAUUAUUUAUUACGUCUUUUCAUCUGAUUGGUUCUUUAUUUCUUUCUUUCUUUCUUUCUUUCUUUCUUUCUUUCUUUCUUUCUUUCUCUCCUUCCUCAUUUGUUUGUUUAUCUCCCUGUCUGUCUGUCUGUCUGUCUGUCUGUUGAUCUCUCUCUCUCUCUCGCCCUGGUUUCAUUCUUCCUUUCUACUUUCAUUAUUUGUUUCCCCAUUUCAUUUUCUUUGUUUAUUCUUUCUUAAUUUCUUUCAGUCGUUCCAUUUUGUUGUUCAUUCUUUCUUCUUCCUUGUCUAUAUUUUCUAUUUUUCUCUUUCUUCUAUUCUUUUUGAUUUUCUUUAUUUAUUAUUGUAUCUGUCUGUCUGUCUCACUUUUAUGUUUUUUUUCGUUCUUUCAUUGCUUAGUUUUCUUUCAUUUGAUUUGUUUCAUCUCUCUCAUCAUUUUUCUAUACUUGGACCCUAUUUUAUAUUUUUUUCUUUUAUUUUCUUUCUUUUAUCUUUUCUUUUGUCCUUCACUUCUUUUUGUCUUCUUUUAUACUUUUUCUCCUUUUUAUUAAUUUUUACUUAUAUUAUUCUUUCUCUCCUUUUUUCUUUUUUCCUUCUUUUAUCUGCCUUUCUUUUAUUUUUUUCUAUCCUUCUUUCUUAUUUUAUACUUUCUCCUUUGUUUUUUUCUUUUACCUUUUCUCUACCGUUCUCUCCUUUUUAUUCAUUUUGCCUUAUUUAA